AGCUGAGGAGCUAACGCACACACUCUCGGCGACCGACGGACACAGACACACGGCACGCACGCACACACGCACGCACGCUCACGAUUAGCGAGCGACAACCCUGAGUCUAUCGAUAAUCCAACAGCUGACAGCAGGCUAUGCAGUUCCACUGACUUACAGCUGUUAAAAUUACAUAAAAAUGGCGAGCUCCGUAAUUCUGGCGGGUCUUAGCGUGGCCGCCGUGGGAUUCGCCGGAAAGCACCUGAUGCGCCGCAUGCCCCAGAUGACCACCAAAUUCAACGAGGCCCUCAAGAACCUGCCCAAAUACGAUGCGGAGAGCAUGGCCGCCUCCAAAUACUACAAGGGCGGCUUCGAUCCCAAGAUGAACAAGCGGGAGGCGUCCCUAAUCCUAGGUGUCAGCCCCAGUGCGUCCAAGAUAAAGAUUAAGGACGCGCACAAGAAGAUCAUGCUGUUGAACCAUCCGGAUCGAGGAGGAUCUCCCUAUUUGGCGGCCAAGAUCAACGAGGCCAAAGACUUUCUGGACAAAGCGAAGUAGUCAUCCUCUCCCCGCCGUUCAGUGCAAAUAAAGUAGUAGUUCGUGAUUAGCAUGUAAGCUGAAAGUCUUAUGCGUUUUAUUACGACGGUUGUAAAUUAUAUAUUUGAGAAUUGUGACCAAGGAGUUGUUACUUCAAAAAACAGGAUAGUUUUCAAUGUUUAUUAACAGUUGAGGAUGUUCAUGCAUAUGUGUUGUGGCAAGACCAUUUUCCUUUUGACAAUAAAAUAGGAAAAUCAUAUCCACAUGAUUCAAGAUGAAUGAAGAAACGAAUAUAGAUUUCAUAACUUAUAUUUAAGCGUAUCUGAUGUGAAGGCAUCCAUUUCCAAGUCCCAAGUAAGAGUGAUUCGGAAGACAAACGCACGCGUACAGCCAACAGUGAAUAAACUUAAGCCUACAAGUUAGAUGCUCUCCCAAAUUACAAUCUAAAAUAUAUGAAAAUAAAUUUUAGUUCAUAUUUUAUAUAGAUAUGUCUUAGAAUAGCUCACUAUCACGCAUCAUUGGAUUAUGCAUGCCAUAUGCCACAUUGAUAAAGGCAGCUAGAAAUAUUAUAACGAAUUUUGGGAACGGCUCCAUGUGGUUGGUUUCUUUAGAUUUCAGCAAGUGAUUGUGUCUGCUUCCAACCAUAAACUGAAUACGCUUAAUUGGAUUUUUAGAAACCCGAUUUAGUUAUGAAGUUCUACCCAGUUUCAGGUGCAAUUUACGGCUUUUAUGAAGUUCUAGGGAAUUAAACACACUAAAGCGACGUAAGAAAAUCGAGACGAAUGCAAGUUAAACAUUUUUAACACGAAUUUUAUUUGUAACUGCAGCUCUCGUCCUCUGGAGUUUUUAAUUUGAAAUGCUUACACCGAAACUGUUUUAAAUGUCCAUAUUUUACUGAAAAGUAUUAAAUUUUAUAU